CCCGUUUUCGGCGUGUCCCAUGGACAGGCACAAAGUGAAGCGCCAGAGGCUGGACCGCAUUUGCGAAGGCAUAAGGCCUCCUAUUGGUAAUGGUCCAAUGCCAGCUCGUCCAUUGGUUGCCCUCCUUGAUGGCAGGGAUUGCACUGUAGAAAUGCCUAUCCUGAAAGAUGUUGCCACAGUGGCUUUCUGUGAUGCACAAUCAACUCAGGAAAUCCAUGAAAAAGUUCUAAAUGAAGCUGUUGGGGCUCUGAUGUACCACACCAUUACCUUGUCACGCCAGGACCUGGAGAAGUUCAAAGCUCUCCGGGUAAUUGUGCGAAUUGGCAGUGGCUAUGACAAUGUGGAUAUCAAGUCAGCUGCAGAAUUAGGCAUUGCAGUAUGCAACAUCCCUUCAUCUUCUGUAGAAGAAACAGCUGAUUCUACCCUCUGCCACAUCCUGAAUCUUUAUCGUCGGGUUACAUGGCUUCACCAAGCAAUGAGAGAAGGAAACAGAGCCUCGAGUAUGGAGCAAAUCAGAGAGGUAGCUGGGGGUGCUGUACGUAUCCGUGGUGAGACCUUGGGCAUCAUUGGCCUUGGCCGAAUUGGGCAAGCAGUUGCCUUACGUGCAAAACCCUUUGGUUUCAACAUUAUGUUUUAUGAUCCUUAUUUGCCUGAUGGAGUGGAGCGUUCCUUGGGAUUACAGCGGAUGGCCACCUUACAAGAUCUCCUAAUGCACAGUGAUUGCAUCACAUUACACUGCAGUCUGAAUGAGCAUAAUCAUCAUCUCAUCAAUGACUUCACUAUUAAACAGAUGCGUCAGGGUUGCUUUCUAGUGAAUACAGCUCGUGGAGGUCUGAUUGAAGAGAAGGCCCUAGCUCAAGCCCUAAAGGAAGGGAGGAUCAGAGGGGCUGCUCUUGAUGUGCAUGAGUCAGAACCUUUCAGUUUUGCUAAUGGGCCCCUAAAAGAUGCUCCCAAUGUGAUUUGUACACCUCACACAGCCUGGUACAGUGAACAGGCUUCUAUUGAGUCGAGAGAGGAUGCGGCUAAGGAGAUCCGAAGAGCCAUCACAGGUCACAUACCUGAUGGUUUGAGGAACUGUGUUAACAAGGAAUACUUGCUUUUAGCGGCUCAGUGGUCUAGCAUUGAUCCUGCAGCUGUACAUCCAGAGCUUAAUGGAGCUACAGCUUACAGGUUUCCAGGAGUAGUAGGAGUAGGAACCUCUGGGCUGCCGGAGCCACCAGUUGAGGGAAUUGUAGCUCACAGCAUUCCCUCUGUGUCUCACUCUGCACCACACACUCCUUCUCCAGGAGAGUCAAGCAAAUUGGAGCCAGACAGAGAAAUCUCCACUGACCAGUAGCACCUUUCUUGUCUCAUUCAGCCCUUAAAACAAAACAGGGAAAGUUUCCUGUUUUUAGGACAUAUUGUGACACCCCCUCCUCUCCUGGACUGCUUCCUCAACGGACAGGAGAAUGCAUUUCAUUAUUGGCAAAUUCUAGCUUUUGCCUAUAAACAGGUAUUUUUAUAAUGAAUUUAGUUUAAAUCUCUUGGUGAAUCUCUUUCUUUACUUUGGGCAAUGAAGUAGUGAUUUUUCAUUAUUUUGAUAAUGCUUAGUUUUAACAUGCAAAUUUGUAUGCCCUUGCCUCCAGUGUAUGAUAUAGAGGGAAACAGAACCAAACUGAGCAGUACCUGGAUGAACACAUGAAUUCCAGUGAUUUCUAUGACUGGCGUGGUUUUUAACGUGAUUUCUUAGGUUGAGUAUCAGUUCCGUCUCAGGUACAAGUAAUAAAAACACUGUAUUGGGAUAGGGUGGGGGAAGCUGUGCAUCUGGAUUGCUUUAUAGAAAGAAGCAGAAUUCUUGCUCAGUUGUGAGCACUUACUACUUCAAUCCUUCCUACUUACAUUAACCCGAUGUGGUUGUUGAAUGAUUUGUUCCCAGGGCUAGGGAUAAAUAAUUACAAAAACAAGGUGGAUGUGGAAUUCUGUCUGGAAUUUGUACGUAAAACAUUUACAGAAAAUCAGUUGAAUUGUUUUAAUAGUUAAGAUGCUUGGCGGGUUAUGGGAAGGAAGAUGAUUGAAUUGAGAUUUUGAGCCCAACUCAGGGAAUGAGGACUCAGCUCCACACAGAAAAGUAGGAGGAAUUUUAGAGCUCAAGACUUCGUGUUACAGGAUGUCUGCUUACAAAUAGUGCAAACUUUGCAGCAACAAAAAAGGUAAAAUUCUAGAACUUAAUUUAGGAUUGAAGUUUCUUUGACCCGUCUCUUUAUAGCUUCAAAGGCCAACCUAGGAUUUUUUUCCCUUUGGAUUUUGUCUAGUGUGAAAUGUAUUGGAUAUGUGUGUCCAGUCUUCUUUUUUUUUUUACUCCUAUUCUUCUCUGAAUUCCUUGUCUUGCAACAAACAAACAAAUCUUAUUCUCAAGCCUGCAACUAGCUAUGCAUAUUCUUCCUGAAAGAUGCAGUUGUUCUGUUCUAUGACAGUUUUCUAACUUGAGUGUGUUUUAAAUGAGGCAUUUAAACCCUAUAUAGAGGCAGUACUAGGGUAUAAUUUUGGGGGGGUGUGGGGGAAAAUUUAUUUUUCCUUAGCAUAUUGUCUACACAGCAUAUAUUUCAUCAUGAAACAAAAUAUUUAUUAUGUUCAUAUAUAUUAUUUUCACAUUGUUUGGAAUUUUGAGCAUGAAAAAUUAUGUUUUUUUAAACCAAUCUGGUUAAGUAUAUAGUUAAGAGAUAAAUUUGGGGAGUGGAGAAUGGCAGUUCUUCUUUCCUAGGAGUUGUGUUGAUUUGCUUUGUGGUGGGUUUGUUAAACAGAAUUAUCAGUCAGGCAAUCUGGAAAAAGAUAAAGUAAGAUACCCACCACUUUAAUCUGUGCUUACAGCUAAAGGUUAAUAAUUGGUUAGCACAUUCCCAAACUUUAGACUGUUCUUCAGACUUAAAUGUCAGUGGCUAACUGGCAGGUGCAUAUCCCCCUUUAACAUGAGUGAGAUACUAAUGGAGAAAAGCAAAUUAAUUUUUAUAUUGAUCAUAUUCUGACAAAAUUCAUAUUUUGUUUUUGCUUGAGAUGCCAUAUUCCUUAAUAUGUUAGAAUGUAAGUUGGAAGUGUUUGAUAUAGUGUAAGCUCUGGUAAUUGGGAGUCAUAGUUGCUUUAUAAUGGCAUGGGUGAUUAUGAUUAUGUGUUUAAAAUUCAGAUACCUCUUGGGAUGCUCAGGUUUUUUUAGGGUGGGGUAAAUUAACAAAUUAGUACUACAUAUGUGAUAGUUAAGUAUAGGGGGCCUUUCAAUGACUUUUCAGUGAACUUUCAGAGAAUUUUUGAUUAGGGCAAAACAACAAAUGCAGCUUUUUAUUGAAACUUUGUAAUAAAACUCUAACCAAUUAAAACUGGAAUUAAGGUGCAAGCAUAAUUUAAUGCUAGCCCUUAAGAAGGUUGAAGAAUCAGGAAUGGUGAUGAGGUGGCUCACUCCCUUGCCCAUCUCUUCAUAAAUUUUCUAUACUUUUCUUUCCCAUUCUAAAAAACUAGAAGCA